UGUAAGUUAUAAUGGGAUGAAUGGGUCGACCAAUAGAUGUCUCUUUCGGUCAUAUGUUUUGAUUGUGUUUUGCAUUCAAAACAUAGAGAGACUGACAGUGAAAGCAAUCGAUGGUUUGUAUGACAACAACAACUCGUAAUCGCAUCCAAAACACCACAACAGCAGACACUCACUCCCGAAGACACACUCUUCGCGAUUGAUCCCAAACCAGACACUGGACCAGACAUAUGGACUUCAAGGAGCACUACGCGGACACGUCGUCAUCGGUGGCCAACGCCGUGCGACUCAACGAUCUGAAACUCUUACGCAAACUGAUCCGUGACGGCCAGUGCGUCGACGUCAUGGACAACCGCGGGUGGCGUCCACUCCAUCAGGCCUCCAUAUUGAAGGAGAAGAAUAAUCACCAAUUGGUGGACGAGUUGCUGAAACACGAGGACACAGACCCGAACUGGAGGUCACACGAGGGCGAGACCGCACUGCUGUUGACCUGUCGUCACAAUACCGAUCACAACGCGUACAAAACGGUCGAAAUACUACUCAAACACAAAGCGGAUCCCAAUAUCAGCGACAACGAGGACGAGACGCCGCUGUUAGCGGCCACGCGCGCCGGCAACGCCUCGUGCGUACAACUGCUGGUCAAACACAAGUCGGUGGACGUGAAUCGGGCCGACUGUGGCGGUUGGACAGCACUGCACGAGUCGGCCACUCGCGGCCACUUUCUGAUGACCCAAACGCUGCUCCAAUGCGGCGCCAAACUCGACGCGAAGGACGAGUGCGGAAUGACACCGAUCUUCACGGCCGCACAACACGGACGCGUCGAUUGCCUGAAGAUACUGGUGGAGGAAGCGAUGCGACAGCACAUGGAGUGUCUGCUCGAUGAGGGCGCCAACGACGGCGCCUCACCCGUCAUGAUCGCCGCUCAACAGGGAUUCACCGAUUGUAUCGACUUUCUCAUCAAAUCGGGCGCCAAUCCUAACAGUUACGCCAACGACGGCGUAAAUGCCAUCCAUUUGGCCGCCGAAUGCGGUCAUCACAAGACACUGGAACUGUUGCUGCAAAAGAUGGACGUGAAGGAGAUGGAGUCGCAACUACGACCAGACCUACCGGAGCUCAAGCUCCGGAAUCCACUGCACUUAGCCAUCACUUCUGAUUGGCUAAAGUGCGUGAAAGUGAUGCUGCGGUCGGGUUUCGCCGUCGACUCCGUUGACUACAUCUUCGAGCAGAAGUUCUCGCUGUCGAUGCCUCCGCCCAAAUACAUAACACCCCUCUCGCUGGCCGUCUCACUCAAC